AUGCUAUCCUCCCUCUCUUCUAGCAUUACAAAUGCUCGGCAAUCAAUCGCACAAGUGCUAAACUUUGCGCUGGUUCUUUCCACAGCUUUUAUGCUGUGGAAAGGCCUCUCGGUCGUGUCCGCAUCAAGCUCUCCAAUAGUUGUGGUUUUAUCCGGAUCAAUGGAGCCCGCAUUUCAGCGCGGUGACCUGCUCUUUCUCUGGAAUCGAGGCGCGAGGGCGGAGAUCGGAGAAGUUCUCGUUUAUAAUGUUCGAGGAAAGUCUAUUCCGAUUGUCCACCGGGUUGUUCGCACUUUCCCUGAGGUAGAAGGACGCGUGAGCGCAAAGAAGGUGAAAGAAAUUACAGUGGACACAACACCUAACUCGCACAUGCUCCUCACCAAGGGUGACAACAAUUUGGCAGACGAUACUGAGCUGUACGCUGAAGGCCAGGAUUAUCUCGACCGGGCGGAGGAUAUUGUUGGCAGUGUUCGUGGCUAUAUACCCAUGGUUGGAUACGUCACUAUCAUGCUCAGCGAGCACCCCUGGCUCAAGACAGUCAUGCUGGGACUUAUGGGACUGAUGGUGAUGAUUCAGAGAGAGUAA